AUGGCAUCAAACACAAAAGAGCCGCGCCACUCCGCGGAAGAAGGAGCGACAACGAGCAGCAUAUCCCACGAAGACAAGGAAACAAAAGGUCUCUACCGACUAGAACGCGAACCCACAAGAGAAGAGAAGACGGCAGAGGCCCUGGCAGAGGGCCACGAUGCCGACAUACCCUCCAGCAUGGGCUACGUCCUCGGCGAACGCGGCGAGGAGAAGAGGAAGCACUCACUCGCGCUGGCCCGGACGAGAUCUCGCAAGUCUAUGGCGCGCGAGCACGUGGAAAGGGGCGUCGGUGGGGGUGGUUCGGUAGAAAAGGACGGCGAUGGCGACGGCGGCGAGAGUUCCGAAGACGAGAACAUUGUCUGGUGGGAUGGUCCGGACGACCCGGCGAAUCCGUACAACUGGCCGAGCUGGCUCAAGGUCCUCAACUGUAGCCUGAUCAGUGCCAUGACGUUCGUCACACCACUGGCGUCCUCCAUCUUUGCCCCCGGCGUGCCGGAUCUCAUGCGGGAGUUUCACAACAACAGCCCCUAUCUGGCUGCCUUUGUCGUCUCCGUCUACGUCCUAGGCUUCGCAGCCGGACCCCUCCUCUGCGCGCCCCUCAGCGAAAUCUACGGCCGUACGAUCGUCUACCACGUCUGCAACCUCUUCUUCAUCUGCUUCAACGUCGGCGCCGCCCUCGCCCCCACCCUCAACGCCCUCAUCGUCUUCCGCCUCUUCGCCGGCGUCUUCGGCUCCGCGCCCAUCACCAACGGCGCGGGUUCCAUCUCUGACAUGAUCCGCCAGGAGAAGCGCGGCGCGGCCAUGGCGGCGUUUAGUAUCGGCCCCCUGCUGGGCCCCAUCAUCGGCCCCGUGGCGGGCGGGUUCCUUGCUGAUGCUGCGGGCUGGCGAUGGGUCUUUUGGCUUAUUGUUAUUGUUAGCGGGGUGCUGAGUAUUGUCAUGCUCGUCUUUUCGAAGGAGACGUACGCGCCUAUUAUUCUUGAUAGGAAGGUGAAGCGGCUCCAGAAGGAGACUGGGAACCCUCUGCUGCGGUCGAAACUCGAUAUUGGACUCUCUUCGGUCGACUACCUCAAGCGGGGUAUCAUCCGUCCUAUCAAGAUGAUUGCCUUUUCCCCAAUCACCCAGAUCUUCGGCCUCUAUAUCGCCGUAGUCUACGGCUACCUCUACCUAAUGUUCACCUCCAUCACCUCAGUCUUCAUGGGAACCUACGGCUUCAGCGCCGGCACAUCAGGCCUAGCCUUCAUGGGCCUCGGCGUCGGCUCCAUGAUCGGCGUCGUCUUCUUCAGCCUCUCCUCCGACAAAUACGUCAAACGCAAAGCCGCAGAAGCAGACGCCGCAGCCGACGAAGCCGGCACAGUCCGCGAGGGGAUGAAGCCGGAAUACCGCCUCGUCGCCCUGCCCGCCGGCGCCGUCUUCCUCCCCGCAGGCCUCUUCAUCUACGGUUGGACGGCCGAGUACCACAUCCACUGGUUCGUGCCUAUUCUGGGCACGGCCAUCGUCGGUAUCGGGAACCUCAUCAUCUUCAUGGCGCUGCAGAUGUAUCUCGUCGACGCCUUCACCGUCUACGCCGCCUCGGCACUCGCCGCCAACGCUGUCGUGCGAUCCGUGGCGGGAGCGACGUUGCCUCUUGCGGGUCUGAAGAUGAAUCAAAAUUUGGGCGUUGGCUGGGCGAGUAGUAUUCUGGGUUUCAUCGCUGCCGCCAUGUUGCCGGUGCCGUUGCUGAUUAUGAAGUACGGCGAGCACUUGCGCAAGCGUUUCGAGCUCAAAGAUCUGUAA